CAUGGUCCGGGGGGGGGGUUAGUGCUGGUCCCGUCCCGAGGGCGGAGGUCGUGCAGAAUGGCCCGGUUCACGGUACAUGUCCGGGGUGAGUGGCUGACCGUGCCCUGUAAGGACACCUCGGUCAAUGUGGCGUGGCUGGCCGCAGAGGCGAUCCGCCGCUAUGUGAAGAACAAGCCGGACAGCGGCGGCAUAAAGGCCGGCUCCAGCCCCCGGUUUGUGGUCCGCCGUUGUCAGGGACUUGGCUCGUUAGACCUGGACGAUGUAGUUCACGAUGUGCUGGAGGAUAACGAGUUUAUCGAGAUCGUGCUUGAAGAAGAUGUGAUGUCUCCAGAGUUUAUCCCUUCUCAGCCUGAGAGGAUUCACCAAUACAGCAAGUACCAGGAGCCAACUGAAUAUAUUUGUUUAGAUGGAAAACAUUUAACAAUAGAAGAUCUAGUUCAGUUGGGAAGAGGACUUUACAAGAUCAAGCUAACUGCGGAAGCAGAGGAAAGGAUCAAACAGUCAAGGUUACUUCUGGAAAGCAUUGUGAAAGAAAAUAAAGUUGUCUAUGGGAUAACUACAGGCUUUGGGAAAUUUGCUCGGACUGUUAUCCCGCACAACAAGCUCAAAGAACUCCAAGAAAACCUUGUCCGUUCCCAUUCUGCUGGUGUCGGUAAACCCUUAUCCCCAAAGAGAUCCCGGAUGCUGCUGGCUCUCCGAAUCAAUGUCCUCGCGAAGGGUUACAGUGGAAUCUCUUUGGAGACCCUCAAUCAAAUGAUCCAGGCAUUUAAUGCUUCCUGCCUCUCCUACGUCCCAGAGAAGGGGACAGUCGGUGCCAGUGGCGAUCUCGCUCCCCUUGCCCAUCUUGCUCUGGGGCUGAUGGGUGAAGGCAAAAUGUGGUCACCCAAAAGUGGCUGGGCAGAUGCCAAAUACGUUUUACAAGCACAUGGGCUGAAACCUGUUUCACUGAAACCAAAAGAGGGACUGGCCCUGAUCAAUGGCACUCAGAUGAUCACGUCGCUUGGUGCAGAGGCAGUGGAGAGAGCAACGGCGAUAGCCAGACAGGCAGAUAUCAUAGCAGCUCUCACCCUGGAAGUUCUGAAAGGCACCACCAGAGCCUUCGAUAGUGACAUUCAUGAACUUCGUCCUCAUCCUGGCCAGAUGGAGGUGGCUUUCCGAUUCCGGUCACUGCUGGGUUCUGAUCACCAUCCCUCAGAAAUAGCAGAAAGCCACCGGUUCUGUGACCGUGUUCAGGAUGCCUACACCCUCCGCUGUUGCCCGCAGGUGCAUGGCGUGGUGAAUGACACGAUCACGUUUGUGAAAACUAUCAUUGAGACUGAGAUUAACAGUGCAACAGAUAACCCGAUGGUGUUUGCAGAAAGAGGAGAAACUAUUUCUGGUGGAAACUUUCAUGGAGAAUAUCCUGCAAAAGCCUUGGACUACCUGGCGAUUGGUGUUCACGAGCUUGCUGCUAUCAGUGAGAGGAGGAUUGAGAGACUGUGUAACCCAUCCCUGAGUGAAUUGCCUGCCUUCUUGGUUAAUGAGGGAGGUCUGAACUCAGGCUUCAUGAUCGCUCACUGUACAGCAGCUGCCUUGGUGUCCGAGAACAAAGUGCUGUGUCACCCAUCCUCUAUUGACUCUCUGUCCACCAGUGCUGCUACUGAGGACCAUGUCUCCAUGGGCGGAUGGGCUGCCAGGAAAGCAUUGAGAGUUAUUGAGCACGUUGAGCAAGUGCUUGCCAUAGAACUUCUGACAGCAUGUCAGGGUAUCGAGUUUUUACGGCCCUUAAAGACGACAACUCCCCUGGAAAAGGUCUACGACCUGGUCCGCACGGUGGUGAGACCCUGGAUUAAAGAUCGUUUCAUGGCACCAGAUAUUGAUGUUGUCCAUCGAUUAUUGGUGGAACAAAAGGUGUGGGAGGUGGCUCACCCUUAUAUUGAGAAAUACAGAUCUGCCAACCUGCCAGAGACUAGGCCCAUUUCGCCAACCGCUUUUAGCCUGGAACCUCCAGUGUCUCCCCACAAGAAAGCGCGGAUUGAAUAGUGUAAUCCACAGUCUGCUUCAGGCAAUCACCUGAUGUGAACUACCACACGAGCACAACAUACACCAUAAAAAUACCACAGAUGCCAUAAAUCUGAAAUGAUAACAGAAAGUGAUGGAGAAAUACAACAGUGCAGAGACAGAAACAGAUGGAAGUUGCUGAGGUUUUUCAGUACUUUGUGUUUUCAGUUUAGAGCUCUAUGUAAACCUUUCUGUAACAUUUUUACACAACUGUGCAGAUCAAUUUUUAAAAGUGAUGUUUACAAGCUAACAGAAAUGCAUUUUAAUUUUACGUGUGAUUAAAUUGUUGAAGAUGUGGCUCCCUUCUGUAAUGUGAUACCUAAGUAACAAAGGUUAACAACAGCAGUCUGCCUGAGUUUUCCAGAGUUCUGGGGAAUAGCUUCAGGAAUGUCAGUGCUCCCUGCCUGAUACUUUUAAAGAUGCCACUUGUGUAUUACUGGUAUAUUAAUGGAGGAAUGUGUCACCACGUCCCACCAGUACAACAGCCUUUUUAAGAAAAUUCAAUGCAAAAAAUAAAGGUUUUAAAUAUUA